AUGGACCCAGGCAAUCUGCACACGCAGGGGUACUUGCUGCACGACUUCUGGAGCGCCAAGCACGUCGAGGAUCAGUUCCGUUAUCAGCAAGGCAUACUACGCUCCAACGCGGCAGGACAGUCCCUUGAGACAGCACGAUCGGAAUGGGAAGUCGGAUACAUCUGA